CAACACUAGUAGUGGUGACGUUUUCGAGAGUGCGCAGGCAAAGGGAACAUUCAACGAAAUAAAAUAGGAAUAUUUAGAUAAACGUACCGUAAUUAAUAAAGUAUUCAUAGUAAAUAUGAUUAUGUAGUUUUCUUCUUGAAGAUUAGGACAAAUAACUGUAUUAGCACAGUAUUUUAGCAACGGAAGUCGUGUAAUAACAUCACGUCAUGUCGUUGUAUGUGGUUUGCGCAUUGCUGCUUUUGACGCCUAUUCGUGCGUUUUAUUUGCCGGGUUUAGCCCCUGUGAACUAUUGUAUAGCCAGUGAUGAUACUAGCAAGUCGUGCAAGACUGAAAUUCCGCUGUAUGUAAAUAGAUUGAACACAGAAGAAUCAGUGAUUCCAUUUGAAUACCACCACUUUGACUUUUGUACUUCUGAUGAGAGCCAAUCACCUGUGGAGAACCUCGGGCAAGUGGUGUUCGGGGAGCGAAUACGGCCGAGUCCAUACAAACUUGAAUUCCUAAAGAAUGUCGAAUGCAAGCCUGUGUGCACAAAGACUUACAGGGGCUCGGACACAGAUUCUAUCAAACGGUUGAACCUACUGAAGAUGGGUAUGGCACUCUCUUACCAGCACCAUUGGAUCUUAGACAACAUGCCUGUGACUUGGUGCUACUUGGUUAACGAGGGCGGGAAGACUUACUGCAGCACUGGGUUCCCCAUGGGCUGCCAAGUGCGCAAAGAUAUGGAUACAUGCACGCCGAUCGUGAACGGUCACUCGAGUCGUAUUGGCGCUUACUACCUCUUCAACCACGUUGAUAUAGAGAUUACUUACCAUAGCGGCGGCGAAGAGGAGUGGGGCGUCGCGUUCGGUGAAAACGGCGGACGCAUUAUCUCUGCUAAGAUCAAACCAGCCAGCAUUCGACACACAAACCCGAAGAACCCUGAGUGCGGAGCCCGCGCGGCCGAGCUUCAAAUCCCGACUGAACUCGAUUCCGACAAGACCUUCAACGUCACUUACACGUACAGCGUCACCUUUAAAAAAAAUAACACUAUCAAGUGGUCUUCCCGAUGGGACUACAUUCUCGAGUCUAUGCCACAAACGAACAUACAAUGGUUCUCUAUUCUUAACUCUUUGGUGAUAGUCCUGUUUCUCAGUGGUAUGGUAGCCAUGAUCCUGCUCAGGACUUUAUACAAAGAUAUUGCAAGAUAUAACCAAAUGGAGUGUGGAGAAGAUGCACAGGAAGAGUUUGGUUGGAAGUUGGUACACGGUGACGUAUUUCGCCCGCCUCGUCGCGGUAUGCUGCUGGCUGUAUUCCUUGGAUCUGGAUCUCAGGUAUUCGGCAUGACCCUGGUAACACUGGCGUUUGCGUGUCUCGGCUUCCUGUCUCCCGCCAACCGCGGCGCGUUGAUGACGUGUGCGCUGGUCGCGUGGGUGCUGCUCGGAGCGGCGGCUGGAUAUGUCAGCGCGAGGAUCUACAAGAGCUUCGGAGGUAGACGGUGGAAGAGCAAUAUUUUGUUGACUUCUAUGGUGUGUCCUGGCGUGGUGUUCUCCCUGUUCUUCAUAAUGAACCUGGUGCUUUGGGGUAAGGGUUCAUCAGCGUCGGUUCCGUUCUCGACUCUGGUGGCUUUACUCGCUCUGUGGUUCGGAGUCUCUGUACCGCUCACCUUUAUCGGCGCUUACUUCGGAUUUAGGAAGAGAAUUUUGGACCACCCAGUGCGCACGAACCAGAUCCCGCGUCAGAUUCCAGAACAGUCCCUGUACACCCAGCCCGUGCCCGGCAUCGUGAUGGGCGGAGUGUUGCCUUUCGGAUGCAUCUUCAUUCAACUGUUCUUCAUAUUGAACUCGCUUUGGUCCAGUCAGAUGUACUACAUGUUCGGCUUCCUGUUUCUGGUGUUCGUGAUCCUGGUGAUCACAUGCUCGGAGACGACCAUCUUGCUCUGCUACUUCCACCUUUGUGCUGAAGACUACCACUGGUGGUGGCGAGCCUUCCUCAGUUCGGGCAGCACGGCCGGGUACCUGUUCGUCUACUGCUGCCAUUACUUCGUCACCAAACUGAACAUCGAAGACGCCGCCUCCACCUUCCUCUACUUCGGCUACACCCUCAUCAUGGUCUUCUUAUUCUUCCUCCUCACCGGUACCAUAGGGUUCAUGGCUUGCUUCUGGUUCGUCAGGAAAAUCUACAGCGUCGUCAAAGUAGACUAGACGCGUCCUAGGUUAAGCAUCGAGUGUCGUACAGCGGUAUUGACGAGUCCGUCGUGGGCGUUGUUAUGUAAAAUUAAGCCAGUUGUUACACCAAUGCGUUGUUUUUCUGAAAAAUACGCUAAUUUGUUGCGUGAGAAACUUCCGCCUAGUCCAUUUGUUUACUGAAAUGUCUCGUCGAGUUAUAAAAUGGUCUAUAGGUGACGAAGAGACCGUUAGUGGGAGUUUUAACAGUUAUUAUUGAAUCACAGACAUGACUUGUAUUGCAAUGGAUGUCGAGAUGCAACACAUCAGCUGCGCAGGCGUCGCCGGUCCUAUGUUGCGCGUGUGUCAGUGACAAGUGAGACUGCUGUACACAAUGUGAUUAAUUGUAUAAAAGUUUAUAACGCUAAUAAAUUGAUAGUCUCCUGUGCGUCUUUUAAUCGUUUGUUUAUUAUUUAGAUAUAUUAUUAUUAAUUUGAAUGUUAGGUCGUAUACAUAUUGACUAGAAACUCUAUAGAAUGUUGUAAUCAGAAUCCAUUUUCUGCAAAUCUAGAAAUUUUGAGUUUCUUCAAUAUGUAUGCGCCUUUAGUCGCUAGAUGUGUAAGUUUUUUUUUUGUGAAAGAAAAUCGAAGCUUAAAUAUUUGUAUUUAUUAUUUGAACCCAGCUAAUACUUAUCACCUUGCACAAGAGAACUAGUGUUAGAAAAGCCGUGAAUUGUCUAGAAAAGGAUUGACUAUAAUAAUAGUACUUAAAUGUGCCCUAUUCAAUAUCAAGAAAACUAAAAUAAUGUGAUGUACGAAUUAUGUGAUUCGAAGAUAUUUAAACCGUGUAUCAUACAUUUGCAAUUAAAAAUAAGUGAGAUUUAGCAUUUUUUAAUAAAAAUUAUUAGGAAUAACGAAUACUUCAGAUCUAUGUUUUUGUUUAUGUUGUUGUGUGGAAAAUCGACAUCUAUGAAAUAUAUACCAAUGCAAAAGAUUUAUUUUAAUUUAAAGCAAGUUACAUAAAUUUUGUGCCUCUAAAAUCACUAGCUGUAAAAGGGAUAUUUUGUAACUCACUAAACGUGUAUCGACUUUUACUACUACUAAAAUAAAUACAAAGAAAUAAAAUUAGAAGUUGACUUCCAUACGAUGACAUUAUUAAUUUAAAUUAAUAUUAUGUUAGAACUUAUUGUUUAAAUACAUACCAUGUAUCGUAUGCAUAUUAUGCAAUUUAAUUUUAUCAUUAUUUUAAAAACUGCUUAGUUCAUUACGACAGUUUUAAUGUAAAUAAAUAAAAAAACUAUUUUA